UCUGAGCUCUGCAAACAUUACAAAUAAUGUACAUUGGCAUUCGCUCAAGCUAAUAAGAAGGGGGCAACAAAUGGGGUUAAAAUUGGAUGGAAAAUGGCAUAAUCAAUCACUAAAUAAUAUUGGAAACAAACCUUUAAUUCUUUCUAUCAAUGAAAUAGCUAUUGCCCAACCUAUUGGAACUGCUAAGAUAGCCAAUAAUUUAGAGCAUUUGUUUCGUUUCCACGGCGAUUUAAGGAUUCUUUCAUUGAAUGGGUAUGAUUUAUUAAGGCCUAUACGUGUUAUGAAAAGACAAAAAGGUGAAAUUUAA